AUGUCCCUGCUCCCAUCCAUAUACAUCCCCACCGGGACUGGCAGCAGCUUGCUGAAGCCCCAAGUAGCACGGGCCGACCCUGGCCUGGCCAAAGGCGCAGAUGCACAAGCGGCUCCUCCCGAGGGGUGCAACUACAAGCCUACGGCUUUCGCAUUAGCUACUACAUACCUGCCCGUUGCCUUUGACCCCACAGCCCUAAGCUCAUGUACUGAUUUAGCCCCAGUGCGUCAAACGCGUUCGGGGCGGGAAUUCUCGCCCUACUGGCCACUGGCCACUGGGUCCCCCAUUAAACCAGCAACUGGCCACAGCUUUCUGCUCAUGGAUGCCCUAUUGGACGAGCAGCCAAUUCUGGAAAGCGACGACGGCACCAUUUUACAGGAGGAUGUCGAUCCCCCUGGCUGCAGCAUCAGCAAACCAACGGACGGGAGGGUUGUAGCCACCCACAUGACAUCCGGCUCUGCUGCAGAGCAGCUAUCGGAGCAAGGGGGAUCCUGCACCAGCCAGCCAGAUGGGAAGGCCGACCGCCGCCGUGCUGCCCGUGCAGAGCGGAGGUAUAAGGCGAGGCAAAGGCGCGCGCACGCCCCAUACAAAUCAAACGUCCUUGCCCUUAGAAAGCAGGUUGUGGCUGAUGGUGAUCGAGUGUAUGGAUCCCUCAACCGACAGGAUUUGGGAGGUGCAGAGGGCGGUUGGAAGGGCUCAAGGGUAGAGCUGGGAGAGCGGAGGGUGUAUGAGCUGGAUGAGCUCCUUGGAAUGGGCUUUAAGCUUGUUCAAUGGGAUGGCCUGGAGCGGUUCAAUUUCCAACAGGACUCUGGCGCCAUUGCCGACCAAACACCCCCACACCCGUCCCCCACCCUGCACCCAAACACUUUGGUGCGGAGUCUGUGCGGACUUCACACAGACUGGCCAUUUCCUACAUGUCCUCGCAUAUUCGGAACCGGCGCGACCUACUCCUGGCCUACAGCGGUGAAAGGAACGUUCUCACUGGUAUCACUUCUCAGGCUAUGUCUCCAAGGGAAUGCCCUCUGCGGGAAAGGCGAUAUUCCGGAUGCGAGGGCAGCAUUUGAUGUUGCAUCGAUCAGCCUUACACUUACAAGAUUUUCAUUCCUUCAUCGUCCUCCCAAGCUAAAUGCUGUUGAGGCGCUCAAGAUGCUUAGUACUGACCCAUCACACAGGACUUGCAAAAAGACAACAGGAGGGUCUGCCAAGCGUGGUGUACUACCAAAGUUCAAGAAGCUUACGGGCCACGGUGGUAUUCAGGUUCUCAAAACCGUACAAUCUAAGGGAGCUUUACCAUUGGGUGAGAAGGCCGUGCUGAAGCCUUUGUACCAUAACAUCUGUGUCGUUGUUCCAGCGGAGUUCCAAGAGCGUAUCAAAGACCCCGAUGUUCACUUCGUGUGCCCUGGAUGCCAUGAGAUGCGUGGAAAGGGUUCCAGGGGUGGUCCCAUGAUGCCAUAUUUUGGAUUUGAGGGCGGUGAUGGAGCCCCGGUGCUGAAGGUCCCCGCUACUAUUCAUGGUCAUAUAGAAAUGGCCAGUCGGUCGCAGAUAUGUAGCAACCCCAUCCUUGUCCUGCACUUCAUCCUCACCACCCUCGACCCUGCCGGAUCACCUGCGGCCGCAAUGCAACAUAAGCUACGACCGUAUAGGCCCAGCGAUGCCUUGCAAUUUCAUGAGAUUAUAUUUGAUAUUGGGACAGAUGCAAAAGCUGACCGGCACGUUGAGUCCAUGAAAGCACUCGUAGACCGCCUGAAACACCUGGAAUACGAGCGUGUUGAAAUUUUCAUCUACACUCAUUCGGAGACCGACCGGGGCGACAUAUGGGGUGGAUUUGAGGAUGAUGAGUUUGUGGGAAAAGGGAAGAAUAGACUCGCAAUACCAGGAGAUCCCGUCGCAUACUCCGUGGACGAUUUCUUUGCAGGACUUUUUGUCGGUGGGAUUGAGGAUUAUGUUAGGGGAGCUACCCUUUGGAUGUUGAUUUGUGGGCACACCGUACGGGUGCCGGACUCAUUCCAGCUUUUGAAAACCUGUGUGAAGCAGUAUCAGGUGGAGCAUGCGUUCGCUUUUGGAGCUAAGUUGUUUCACGCAUGCCUGACCAUACCGCUUGUCACCACCUACGUCCGACGCGUACUCAUUGAAGGAUUCGAGGUGCAGGAACCCAACUGCCUUCCGCCGGCGUCAGCCUACCAUGGUGGAGUACCAUCAGGGAGUGAAGCAUGUCCCAACCGCUACCGCCUCGAUGACCACUUCAACAUAUACGUUCUUCCAAGACUUCACCCGCCCGUUCGGGAACAACCUGCCCUACCAAUGCUCAAACUGCAUGCAUUCAAAUAUUCACCUCACAAGCCCCAUCGCAAGAGAAAAUUCGGGACCAUCUCUAUGGCGAACACGCCAUAG